AUGCUAGCGCAACCGGUGCCUAGAGAGGAGAGACCAGCGCCCAUUCUCCUCGGCACCGAAAGCCGAAGGGAGUACUUCCUGGCGCCGGCACCCUUGACAAUCGAUGCGGUCACGCGGAAGGAGUUGUGCGAUAAUCGUGAGUGGCAGCAUGAGUACAUCUACCGCAUUCGAAGUGUGGAUGAGGAGGCGCCGGCGCCAUUUGAGUACGGGUACUGCCUAGGCACUCUUCAGGUCGGUGUGCCUCAUCCUUAUUCUGAGAUGCCUGAAGGGUCAAGGCUUUCAUGUGUGACGCACUUCGAGGUAUGGUUAGAGGUAGGGUCUGAGGGUAAAAGGAAGGGUGUUUGGCUUGUGCGCAACGGGAAUCGUGGGUCGUUUAAUUUCCCCUUCGAUCCUUUGCUUCCGUGGCGUAGUGUUGGAGGGCCGGAGAAUGGAAUGCCUGAGUUUCAAGUGUUGAGGAUCUUGGAGCAUGUGAGUGAGCUUAGGAACACGGAUAGGCGUACUGGUGGUAGCUUCUUUGACGGGCUGAGAGACACAAAACUCUUCUCGACUGGACCGGUAAAUGAGGCUCUACUUAAGCCUCUGCAUGACGACAGCGACCCGGCUCUCUUGGUUGAGAGAAUCGAUAUUUAG